GCGUUACAUUACGUACAGCUAUUACAAACACUCUCUCGAAACAAAAAAUAACAUUGAACUUUAUAACUUUUAAUAAUUAUUUCCCUUUUUUCUCAUUUUCAUUCGCUCUCAAAUCUCAAAUUAACGCACGCAAACGCAAAAUCACAAUUUAUUCACACAAUUUUCAAAUGUAGAAGAACGAAAACACUUUCGAAACUUCGUUAUUUAUAUGCGAUUUCUCAUUUUUCAGAUUCAUUUCUUGUUAUAACUGUUUUUGGCCCGACCCGAAUGGAAUCGAAUCCAAUGUCUUUUACUCCGCCGCAGUUAAUCGGCGCCGUUUCUAGGUUGAGAUCUUCGUCGGUGAAGAAGUUGCCGGAGCCCUUACGCCGCGCCGUCGCUGAUUGCCUCUCCUCUCCUUCCUCCGCCGCCGCUAAUGAACCUUCCAGAAUUCUUCGGGACUAUUUGAAAGGCCCUACAACCACAGACAUGGCUUAUAGUGCAAUUCUGGAACAUACUAUUGCGGAGAGGGAGCGCAGUCCUGCAGUAGUUGCAAGGUGUGUGGCACUAUUAAAGCGGUAUCUUCUAAGAUACAAACCGAGCGAGGAGACAUUGCUUCAAAUAGAUCGUUUUUGUUCAGCAGUAAUUGCUGAAUGUGUUAUUAACCCAAAUCAGCCAUGGUCGCAAUCUCUGAAUCGUCAAUCUGGUGCAUCCACAACCCCAUCUCCUUUACUUGUAUCUAGCGUUGCUUCUGAGGCACAUGUAAAGUCAUUGAGUUAUGUGCGUUCCCUAGUAGCUCGACACAUUCCGAAACGGCUUUUUCAACCAGCUUCAUUUACCGGACCAUCAUCUUCAUCAGGAAAAUCACUGCCAACAUUGUCAUCUUUGCUGAGUAAAUCUUUCAAUUCCCAACUUAGUCCUGCUAGUGUUCCAGAAACGCCAAGUCCUGCAAGUGUUCCAGAAACAUUAAAGAAAGAUUCAACUGUCUUAUCUGUCUCAAAGUCCUUAAAAUGUGAAAAAGGUGAUGAAAAUGAUGAACUAAGGUUCAUUGCCCAUGAUGUUCUGAAAUGGCGCUGGCUUGAGCAAACACAGUCGUCAUCUGUCGGGACUGAAAGUGAUCGUGGUCAGUAUAUGACAUCACAUAGUAGUUUCUUAGAAGUAGGUGCAGCAGCUUUACUUGUAGGAGAUAUCGAAUCUAAGAUGAAGGGGAAACCAUGGAAAUUUUUUGGAACUGAUGAUAUGCCUUACCUGGAUCAGCUGUUGCAGUCUUCUCCUGUAACACCAAUUACAAAUUCCGUCUCUGCUCGUUGCCACCUGAGAGCAAUAACAGCAUCUAAACGCAAAAAAGCAGGCUCUCAUCAGAUAUGGGAGGAUUAUCCCGUGAUUACAUUUCGUCCCCGAGCUCGACAGCUUUUCCAGUAUCGCCAUUACAGUGAGCAACAACCUCUACGAUUAAACCCUGCCGAGGUACAAGAAGUUAUUGCUGCAGUUUGCUCCGAGGCUUCUUCCCCAAGCACCAAUGUUAUGACAGUGUCAACUAGACUAGGCAAUAGCAGUGGAAAACCAUCAACAGAUGUGGCUGUUAGCGUCCUUAUUAAAUUAGUUAUUGACAUGUAUGUUUUAGAUUCUCAGACAGCUGCUCCUCUCAUUCUUUCUAUGCUUGAGGAUAUUCUUAGUUCUUCUGAAACAGCUUGCAGGAUCCGCGCUUUCGAUUUGAUUCUAAAUCUAGGGGUUCAUUCUCAUCUCCUAGAACCGAUGAUUGUUGACGAUGCUUCCAUUAUUGAAGAAGAAUAUUCUCAAGAAUCCUACUAUGACAGCAACACUCAAGUUAUGAUGGAAGAUAGCAGAAAAGGAAAUUCUCUUAACAAAUCAGACACAGUCUCUGCAAUUGAUAGUUUUGAGCCAUGGAUUAUAAAUAUUCUGUAUGAGAUACUGCUUCUACUUGUUCAGACUGAAGAAAAGGAAGAAUCUGUUUGGGCAUCUGCACUCAGCUGUUUGCUUUAUUUUGUCUGUGAUAGAGGAAAGAUCAGGAGAAAUCGUUUACAGGGACUCGACAUAAGGGUUCUGAAGCAACUUAUAAGAACCAGCAGGGAGAACUCCUGGGCAGAAUUAGUUCAUUGCAAGUUGAUUUCCAUGUUAACCAACAUGUUUUAUGAAGUUCCUGAUGAAGUUACAGAGCCUGUCUCUAGAAAACCAAAGUUUCUUGUGGAUCAACUUGAUCUGAUUGGAGGAGUUCAAUUUAUUUUCAUUGAGUAUUCCCUUGCAAACUCAAGAGAAGAAAGGAAAAAUCUGUUUUCGGUGCUUUUUGAGUACAUUCUCCAUCAAAUAAAUGAAAAAUGUAUGGCUACAGGAGUAAAUGAAUACAGUGAUGAUGAGAUCCAACCUAUUGCUUCUCUACUUGCUCAAGCAAAUGCGGCUGAGGCAUUUUAUAUUUCUGUCAAACUUGGAGUAGAAUGCAUUGGGGAGAUUUUGAGAAGAUCAAUUGCAUCUACUUUGUCCAGAUAUCCUAACAGUGAACGGCUAAAUGCGCUACUGGAAAUUGUAGCAGAGAAGUUUGACACCGUAAUAAGUUCAUUUACUCAUCUGGACAAAGAAUUCUCCAAUAUGAUUCUGAUAACCAAAUCUCACAAGUUUUCUGAAAAUAUGGAUGGUGCGGCUCUACAAAAUGGCAUUCAUUUGCAAGCAAAGCAUUCAUGGGUGACUUUACAUUCCCUUCUUCACUCUGAAAGAAUUUCGUACCGUCAAAAUGGGUAUAUCUGGUUAGGUGAUCUGCUUAUUGCUGAAAUUAGUGAGGAAAGAGAUGGAGAUAUAUGGUCAAGUAUCAAAUACUUCCAGCAUAAAAUUACUCAAGCAGGAACUCAAGAUUCUUUGGAUACAUCAAAUAUUCCUUUGUCCAUUUUACUUAUGUGUGGCCUUUUAAAGUCCAAAAACAACUACAUUAGAUGGGGAUUUUUGUUUGUUCUUGAAAGGCUUCUUAUGAGAUUCAAAUUUUUGCUAGAUGAGCAUGAAAUGCAGCUAUCAAACAGCAAAGAUCUGCAGCAUGGGAAGAAAGGUUGGCACCUUGAGAAAGCCAAUGCAGUAAUCGACACAAUGAGCAGUGCUUUGUCUCUGGCUUUUCAGAUAAAUGAAACAGACCGUAUCAAUAUUCUGAAGAUGUGUGACAUACUAUUCUCUCAAUUGUGCCUAAGAGUUCCUCCGGCUACAGCUCUACCGUUUGGUGAUGACGUGCAACAUGACAGAAAUUUAAAUCUCACUAGUGUAAACAAAAAAACUGACAUUGAUAAUCAUGUCCUCAAACAAGAUAGUUUCCGCUGGGAUGAACGCAAGGAAGAAUCUAAUAGAAGACCUAGAUACCCUAAUAACUACCAUCCAGAUCAUGAGACUGCAUCAAUGGCAGCUCUUCUCCAAGGACGAGCUAUUGUCCCCAUGCAAUUAAUUGCACGUAUUCCUGCUGCCUUACUAUAUUGGCCACUCAUUCAAUUGGCAGGAGCAGCAACAGAUGAUAUUGCUUUGGGAGUUUCUGUUGGAAGUAAAGGAAGAGGAAACCUGCCUGGUGCCACAUCGGAUAUUCGGGCCAUACUUAUCCUCCUUCUUAUUGGUAAAUGCUCAGCGGAUCCCGUUGCUUUCAAGGAAGUAGGCCAGGAACAAUUUUUCAGGGAACUUUUGGAUGACACAGAUUCAAGAGUGGCAUAUUAUUCUUCCGCUUUUCUUCUGAAGCGAAUGAUGACAGAGAAGCCAGAGAAAUAUCAACACAUGCUUCAGAAUCUUGUUGUUAAAGCUCAACAGAGUAACAAUGAAAAACUAUUGGAAAAUCCAUACCUUCAAAUGCGUGGCAUAAUUCAACUGGCAAAUGAUCUUGGAAUUGACUUGUGAUGUUCAUGGUAUGGUUUUCUGGAGGGAUAUAUUGUUUGGAGUUGGAGAUGUGUGUUGGUUUGACAUCAUUCAUUUGGCUUAGAUUUCGAAACGCGUAUAUCCAGGAAAUGUUUCCUUCCAUAAACAAAAUUGUGAUUUAUUUUUUAACAUGGCCAAGGAGGGUACACGUGGGGCCUGAGAAUGAGAGCUAGUGGAGUUGGGUUGCUCAAAAUAUUGAUUGAUUAUUCCGAAAUAAUUAACAGAACUCAACACACUGCUUGCUCUAAAUGCCUGUUGGUUUCUUCAGUGAUAUUACUCUUUUGGAGAGCCAUGUUUUAUCUGCCAUCAUGACUUCAUCUUUCCUGUGUAUUUAUUGUCAACAAUAACUGAGAGAAGGCAGAGUUCUGUUGAGGAAUAAUUUUGAAUGCACCUGAUUUUGACCCAGCUACUGAUUAUUGCUGUUGCUGGCUGGUGUGCAUUAUAUUCCGUGGAAAAUAUGUGCAGAACUCCACAAGAUUCUUUUGUACAGGAUUUAGAUUUAGAUUCCCACCGGGCCUUCAUUUUUUUCGCUCAUGAAGGCUGCCUCUAUGCUUGCAUAUUUUUACUUAGCAUACAGGACCUUUCAUGGGAAAAGAUAGAACUCAGUUUUGCAAGUUGUUAAUAUAUAUCUAUCACAGGUCACAAGGAGAUCCUUUGAUAAGGGGUAAUCCUAGGAUGUCUACUUUUAGAUGCAUCCCUAGCUGUUCUCCUUGUUUUCUGUAAAAUGUGUGGUUUAAUAUUUUUCUUUUCCUUUAUGAUCCAUUCCAUUUUUGCGAAAAUUGUAACAUGUAGUGAGAAAUUAGUGUGUACAUUAUCUAUUCAUGAUUUUAUUAUGGGAAUCGUUUUGUUUAACAA